CCCCAUCAUGGGCAACAGUGCGGGCCGCAGUGACUUCGAGUGGGUCUACACCGACCAGCCUCACACGCAGCGGCGUAAGGAGAUGCUUGCCAAGUACCCAGCCAUCAAGGCCCUGAUGCGGCCAGACCCGCACCUCAAGUGGAUGGUGCUGGUGUUGGUUCUGGCGCAGCUGCUGGCCUGCUGGCUGGUGCGGGGGCUGACUUGGCGCUGGCUGCUCUUCUGGGCCUACACCUUCGGUGGCUGCAUAAACCAUUCGCUGACUCUGGCAAUCCACGACAUCUCACACAAUGCUGCCUUUGGCACAGGCUGUGCUGCCCACAACCGCUGGUUUGCCAUCUUUGCCAAUCUGCCCAUUGGCCUGCCCUAUGCUGCCUCCUUCAAGAAGUACCACGUGGACCACCACCGCUAUCUAGGUGGUGAUGGGCUGGAUGUGGAUGUGCCCACGCGCCUCGAGGGCUGGCUCUUCUGCACACCAGCACGCAAGCUGCUCUGGCUGGUGCUUCAGCCCUUCUUUUACUCGCUGCGGCCACUCUGUGUCAACCCAAAGGCUAUGACCCGCAUGGAGGUGUUCAAUGCCCUGGUGCAGGUGAUGGCCGAUGCCACCAUCUUUGCCCUAUGGGGGCUCAAACCUGUGGUUUACCUGCUGGCAAGCUCUGUUCUGGGCUUAGGCCUGCACCCCAUCUCGGGCCACUUUGUGGCUGAACACUACAUGUUCCUUAGGGGCCAUGAGACCUACUCCUACUAUGGGCCCCUCAACUGGAUCACCUUCAACGUGGGCUACCACAUGGAGCACCAUGACUUCCCCAGCAUCCCAGGCUGCAACCUGCCCCUUGUGCGGAAGAUUGCGCCCGAGUACUAUGACCACCUGCCACAGCACCACUCGUGGGUAAAAGUGCUCUGGGAUUUUGUGUUUGAGGACUCCCUGGGGCCCUAUGCCAGGGUGAAGCGGAUGUACAAGCUGGCAGAGGAUCGUCUGUGAGCCUGGCUGGCCUUUAUCUCAGGGGUGGGAGCCCUGGGUUGCUCCUGCAGGUUGCCACUGUCCCCUCUCUCUGGCCACAGCUCAGUGCCCCUGAACUGUUUGGGUUGCAUUUGAUUUCUGUACUGGCUCUUAUCCCCCAGGGGGCCCUGGAAUUGCCAUUGGCAGCCAGCCCUGGCAAUGGUGGGCAGGGCUGCAACCUGGAGCCAUCUGAUCUGCACCUGGACUCGCUAUGGGCCUCAGGACAGGCCAUCCCCUUUUGGCUUCAGUGGGUGAA